GCUAAACCCCAUGUAUUGACUUUUGCUAUUCUCUCAUCCCAUUCUCUUUCAGCUUACCCUCUUCACAAACCUUUACAUCUUUCCACCUAAGGCCCGGUGCCAUUUCUAUUUCUACCACAACACAAAAUGCAGUUCGCUCUAGUCUCAGUUCUUUUCGCCGCUGGCGCCCUCGCCAUCAACGGUUGUGGAUUUCCAGAUGGCCCAGACUGCGUCUCACUGGGCAAGGGGAGCGACGGCUUGGAAGUAUUCCGUGAUAAUGACGGCUGCUGCCUCCUCCCAGCUCGUUGCGGUAAUGAAGUCGGCGUUAACUGCCGUCGCGAGAAUGAGGGCCCCAAUGGUCUACCGAUCAACAAAAAGAGGGCUCAGAAGAACUACAAGGCAUAGUUCGAGCGAUAACAAGGAACAGAGGCAUGGGUGAGCUGUGUGUCGGAGAAUUUUGUACUAUUAUAUGGUCAGGUCUAGCUCAGGUAGCGAGAGUGACACUGUAUUACUAUUGAUUUCCAGGAAGCACUAUUUUGCAAUCUGCUGGAUACUUCCUUGAAUGGGAGAUUCCACCUAUGGCUACUUUAAAAACAUAGAAAUUGCUAAAAAUAUAUCCCUCAGUUAUCUGCGAGGCCACA